UGUAACUGCAGGUGCAGUAAAGGAGACUCUCAGCUCUCACGUGUCGGGACUGAACACUGAAGUUUACUCUGAAGACUUCAGGGUGUUUUGUGCUGCCUUCAUGGCUCUCCUCACCAAUGUCGCUAUCCUGCUGGUCUUGGCUUGCAUUUCCCAUCAGCUGAUGUUGAGCAGCUGCCAGAAGAGCCACGGACGGCGGGGAAGAGGGGUGGACAGAGGACAACACAAAGCCAAGGCGGGGCCGAGGGUCGGCCGCCAGUCCAAAGCCGUCCCUGCACAGCCCCUCAAGGGCCGAAUGGUCACCAAAGACAAGUCCUCGUGCACCUGGGCAGCAACGGGCGAGGACAUCUUCACCCUGGGUGUCACCUGCAAGAAGGGGGACAGGAGCUUCAGCUGUGAAUAUGUCGCCAGACCGGCUGUCUGUCACCAGUAUGCCUCCAACGUCAAACUGUACUGGAAGCAAGUGGCCAGGGCGCUGAAGAAGCAGAAGAGUUUGUGCCAGGACAGCCGUGCGUUGGUCAGGGCGGGUGUGUGCAGAGGAGCUGCCAGAGAGGCUCAUUUCAGACUCCAUGAUGAUCAGAGGGAGACUCCAACACCUUCAGCACCCAGAGCUGUCAAAUCCUGUCAGCCUGGUAACAAGAAGCUGGCUGAGGAGCACUGCAACGACUCCUGGUCGAGUUUUUGCACAUUCUUUUUCACUAUGGUGCACGAUGAUGAUUGCUGAGACAGAAAAAGUGAAUUUCUAAAAUAAUGAAUUCAGCUCUCUAUGCAGUAACAUCAAUACUUAUCUUAUUAUAGAUUAUUUAAAGAUGUAUUUCUCCACAUCCUUAUAUGAUUCUAACCCUAAACUAACACUUUUUCUAUCUAUUCUUUAAUGUUCGAUUUGUCAAUUUGGGAGGCAUUUACUGGGCUGAUGACUAAAAACCCGCUUGAACAAGAGAACCCUGUCUUGUCGUUAAUGUCUAAGCUCUUUUGUCUUUUCCUAAAUGUGUGUGCACAGUCCUGCUGAAGGUAUUCGCUGGCAGAUUAGCAGUUCGAGCAUGUUGGGUAUUGACACAGUAAUUUAACCAGAGGGAGUGUAAUUUGUAGAAAGCCUUGGCCUGCAUACUUUGGCUCUGACAAGCCUCUGAAUUCACACAAGCUCAACUUGCAAAAACCAAAGUCGAAAAGGCAGCGGGGUCUUGUUCAACAAAGGAUGUUUGCCAGAUUAAACCCAAGAUACAUUGUGUUUGGCGUUUUGU